AUGAAGACCGCCGCCGCCCUCAACGAACGCGAACAAGCUCGAUUCCCGGAAGAGACAGCAAUUGCGAACGCCCGGGAUGACGAUGUCGAGGAAGUCGUUCGCGCAGACUUAACCAUAGUCGCAAAGACCGAUGGGACUUCAGCAUCAAUCGUUCAAGUCCCUAUAGAACUCCUCAAUUCUCUUCUACUGUCGGUCGAUACCCUCAAGAAGGAGACGGCGCUUAUGAAGGGAGAAACGAAGAGUCUUCGAACCAGCAUGGAACUCAUGCAGAAGCAAAAUGCCAACAUGAGCCAGCAAUACCACGAUCUGCGCCGCAAGCAUAGUGCCACGGAUUCACAACUGCGUGCCUUGUUGCGAAAUAUGGGUGGAGAGUUUUAUCUCUUUCCCUUGCUGCCUUUGGCUUUUCAGAUUCCCCAGAGCUGGUUGAGCUCAUUAGUCAAUCUCAGUCUUUACAACGCUAACUUUCAAGUAGGACAGCAAAUUAUUUGGAAAGCCGCCCUCGAACUUCCUCGCAUCAUUGCUCUUCGUAUAAGCGGACGUGCAGAAAUCAACACUCUUCGCGCCACCUACGGAAAGAAAGUAGUCCCCACUGCAAAGCCACAACUUCAUUAUUCGAUCAUGCAAGUUUGCCGAACUUCCCGCGAUUCCUUAUUACAGAGCGUUCCUAAAGGCGUACUCGAUACCCGUGUCUUCGAAGGCGAUCGUGUUGGACUACGCUUGGGCGUUCUAGAUAAUAGAUACCGCUUGGAGAUCAACCCAGACAAGGACAUACUGUGGCUUCUGGACGCUGAAGGCGACGACGAUGGCUCUCCCCCUUAUCUCUUCGCACGGCUUCUUGCGAGCCUGUAUGGCAGAAAUAUCCAUCAACGUGUCAUCGCAGUGUCUAUGAACACUUGGGAUCGGCAACUCAACUCGAACCCGUGGCUCUUCCUUGGAGCAAGAAUCCAUGUAGUGAUGGAUGUUAUCUAUGAUCUAGGCAUUCGAGAGAUCAUUGUGGUGGUAAGAGGCUCGGAAUUUAUGACCGCCCCGGAUGUUACCUUUGUCAAAGCAAAGGGACACCCCAAUGAUGUCUUGCCGGAAAAGACCUGCCAGUGGAUGCAAGCUGAACAGCUCGAAAGAGAAAUGACCCAUUAUCUCGCUUGCAUCGCUGCAGACGUUUGGCAAGCAAAUCCACGAGAAAUGAAGAGUUGGCUGGUGCAUCGUGGGGUGGCUCAAGAAACCGUUGAUACGAACGCGGAUUCAGACAUGUGGAGGUCUACACUGACCACCAUACGAUUCAUGGAAGCUACGACGAUCAGUGCAGAAAGAAGGGCAGCAAGCGUUUGA